ACUAGCUAAUAUUCAACUCUGAAAAAGAUUAGUGUAAAUAUAAAAUAUGUAAAUUGGGAUUUUAAUUAUGUAUACUCAUAUUUAAGAGUACAGUAUGAACAUAGACGUGGAAUAUCCUUAUUGAGGCGGCCAUAGUCAAAAUCCCAAUAAUUCAUCCAAAUGAUUAAAAUUCAAAUAAUUCAUGUAAUGUAGAAAUUUACGGAAUAACCCCGAUGGUAGUGCAGCGCCAUGUUUAUAUCGACAUACGAUAAUAUUUACUCUCUGGACAAGUCGGAAAAUCCCGAGAAAUAUUUCACAGAUAGCGCACCUGUGCCGCACCUGCGUCUACUGACGCCCCGACCGGUAAGGGCGAGCGCGCGCGCGCGCGAUGACAGUGGCAUGUCGGUAUCUCGUCUCUCUUUUUUGUAUCCCGCUACGCGCGAGCCAGUGCGCAGAACGGAGAAAAAUUCACAUAGAUGUACAUGGUCACGCGGUGACGGUGACUCGGCACGUCGCGUAGCGAUCCCCACAACCGAUCGGCGUGGCCACCAGGAAACGCCGAAGCGAAGCACGGUGGACGCCUGGGUCCCCGAGUCUUGACCCCCUCGCGGAACCGCUGACUCGUCGCGAAUGACAGAACAGGAACGAAGGGACGAACUUAACCUCGAGGAGAAGCAGCGGAUCGCUCCGGCGCGCAAGAUCCGUCACCGGUAAGUCGAUCGUCGUGACACUCCUUCGUGCGCGGAGAGUUGGCUCUCCGAUCCAACAAAUCAGUUUGGAGAGCGUUGACACGCGACUCCUCUUGGAAACAUUGCACGGUUCUCGGCUCACGUUGUACCGGGCCCCGGGCACGGUGCGGAGUACCGGGGGAUAGAAAGGGGAGGGCCACGCAUCUCCUCAUCGCAUCACACACCGCGCGCGCGCGCGCGGCCAAUCAGCGCCGUCCCUAGCGUCGCCUGACACCCGGCUCGACCAAUCAUCGUUCCCCCCUCCCUAAUUUUUUGAUAGAUCAUCUCACGUGAGAAUCUGCGGACCACGCGACAAUCACGAUUCAAAAUGAGUUUGAAGGAAGCGCCGAAAGUGUACUCUCGACGACAUGGGAAAGAGGGUGAGAAAGGGUAACAUCGAGCGCGCGGAGCGAACUUCGUCUUCCGGUUCGGCGGGACCAUCCAACUGGGUGACUGUCCACCGUGUCAAUUGUUCGAGGUCCGCUCGCGCGAACGAGAUGUCCGAGGCGCCGGUGAGCUUCGUCGUCGGGGACGAACCCGAGCACGAGAGCGACCCCAAUUGCGAUACUGAUCCUAGCGAGGUGCUGGAGAUCGAGGAUAGCUUCCCGAGCGAGAGGAGCGAUAAUGGCAAUUCGCAGACGCAGCUCAAUGCCGCGACAGGACCGGUCGAGCGCCGCAAGCGGCUCAGGCCCAGUAUGUCACAGGGCACGGUGAUGAUCCAGAUGCAAAGUCGGCUCCAUGAGAAGGACUUUACCGUUGCGACUCCCGAAGAGUUUGUCCGCCGCUUUGGAGGCACCAGAGUCAUCAACAAGGUGCUGAUCGCUAACAAUGGUAUCGCGGCAGUUAAAUGUAUGCGAUCAAUUCGACGUUGGUCCUACGAGAUGUUUAAGAACGAGAGAGCCGUGCGCUUCGUCGUGAUGGUUACGCCGGAAGAUUUGAAGGCGAACGCGGAAUACAUCAAAAUGGCAGAUUAUUACGUGCCCGUACCGGGUGGGACCAACAACAACAAUUACGCUAACGUGGAAUUGAUUGUCGAUAUCGCGAUACGUAUCCAAGUUCAAGCAGUUUGGGCCGGAUGGGGUCAUGCCUCGGAAAAUCCUAAACUUCCGGAACUGCUCCACAAAAAUAACAUUUGCUUUAUUGGACCGUCUGAGAAAGCCAUGUGGGCUUUGGGUGACAAGAUUGCAUCGAGCAUAGUCGCUCAAACUGCGGACGUACCGACGCUUCCCUGGUCAGGAUCGGAAUUGACAGCGCAAUACAGUGGGAAGAAGAUCAAGAUAUCGUCGGAACUUUUCAAAAAAGGAUGCGUUGCCACUGUGGAAGAAUGUCUAGCAGCGGCUAACAAAAUCGGCUUUCCGGUUAUGGUAAAGGCGAGCGAGGGCGGUGGCGGUAAAGGAAUCAGGAAGGUUGAAAACGCCGAAGAAUUACCUGCUUUAUUCAGGCAAGUGCAGAUCGAAAUACCCGGCUCACCAAUAUUUAUUAUGAAACUGGCCAAAUGCGCUCGCCACUUGGAAGUGCAAUUACUGGCCGACAAUUAUGGUAAUGCAAUAUCGUUGUUUGGGCGCGAUUGUUCUAUCCAGAGGAGGCAUCAAAAAAUCAUUGAAGAGGCACCUGCCGUGAUUGCCAAACCAGAAGUUUUCGAAGAGAUGGAAAAAGCCGCUGUGAGAUUAGCAAAAAUGGUGGGAUACGUUAGUGCGGGUACCGUCGAAUAUCUGUACGACACAGCGGGCAGAUAUUAUUUCUUAGAGUUGAAUCCUCGUCUUCAAGUGGAACAUCCAUGUACCGAAAUGGUAUCCGAUGUGAAUCUGCCGGCCGCCCAGCUACAGAUAGCAAUGGGCUUACCGUUACAUCACAUCAAAGAUAUACGUCUUUUAUACGGUGAGAGCCCUUGGGGUGACAACCCGAUUGAUUUCGACCAACCCCAUCAUAAGCCUCAACCGUGGGGGCACGUUAUCGCGGCUAGAAUCACCAGCGAAAAUCCCGAUGAAGGCUUCAAACCAAGUUCUGGCACAGUGCAGGAGUUGAAUUUUCGAUCAUCUAAGAAUGUAUGGGGUUAUUUUUCGGUUGGUGCUUCGGGAGGACUUCAUGAGUUUGCAGACUCUCAAUUUGGUCAUUGUUUCUCGUGGGGCGAAGAUCGUAAUCAAGCUAGAGAGAAUUUAGUCAUAGCCCUAAAAGAAUUGAGCAUCAGAGGCGAUUUUAGGACAACGGUCGAGUAUCUUAUCACCUUGUUGGAGACUGAAUCCUUCCUACAGAAUAAUAUAGAUACCGCCUGGCUCGAUUUACUGAUCGCCGAACGUGUCCGAAGCGACAAACCAGACGUCUUAUUGGCUGUUACCUGCGGAGCACUUCAUAUUGCCGAUAGAGCGAUCACAGCCGCUUUUACUGGCUUUCAAACUGCUUUGGAGAAAGGCCAGAUACAGGCCAGCAACGAUUUAGAUAAUGUUGUUGACGUAGAGCUUAUUAACGACGGAUUUAAAUAUAAAGUACAGGCUGCCAAAUCUGGUCCAAAUUCCUACUUCCUCGUGAUGAACGGUUCUUACAAAGAGAUCGAAAUCCAUCGUAUGUCAGAUGGAGGAUUGCUACUUUCGCUGGACGGUGCCAGUUUUACGACUUACAUGCGCGAAGAGGUGGAUCGUUAUAGGAUUGUCAUCGGAAACCAGACGUGCGUUUUCGAGAAAGACAACGAUCCGUCCUUAUUGAGAUCACCGUCUGCCGGCAAAUUAAUCAAUUUUUUGGUCGAAGACGGCGGUCACGUUGGUGCUGGUCAGGCAUAUGCCGAAAUUGAAGUGAUGAAGAUGGUCAUGACUGUUACUGCUAGCGAGGCAGGGAGCGUUUUUUAUGUGAAGAGACCUGGCGCUAUAUUAGAAGCCGGUACAUUGAUCGCACAUCUAGAGCUGGACGAUCCGUCAUUGGUAACUAAAGCGCAAGAAUACACGGGACAAUUUCUCGCGGCAGUGGCGUCGGCUGUACCAGAAAAAUUGAAUCAUCUUCACGCCAAAUAUCGAAAUGCUUUAGAAAAUACGUUGGCUGGCUACUGCUUACCCGAUCCAUAUCAUUUACCACGUCUGCGCGAGCUAAUCGAGAAAUUCAUGUUUUCGUUACGCGAUCCUAACUUACCAUUGUUAGAACUGCAAGAGGUGAUUGCGACAAUAUCCGGUAGGAUUCCCGUCUCGGUGGAGAAAAAGAUUCGCAAAUUGAUGUCUCUGUACGAGCGAAAUAUCACGUCGAUCUUAGCUCAGUUUCCUAGCCAGCAGAUCGCUGCUGUAAUUGACGGACACGCGGCAACCUUAUCCAAAAGGGCCGAGCGAGACGUGUUCUUCCUGACCACUCAAGCCAUCGUGCAGCUGGUACAAAGAUACCGGAACGGUAUACGCGGCCGAAUGAAGACUGCCGUGCACGAACUUCUGCGACAAUAUUAUACGGUCGAGAGCCAAUUUCAACAAGGUCACUAUGAUAAGUGCGUCUCUGCGCUAAUAGAAAAGUACAAGGAUGACGUCGCCACUGUGACCGGUAUGAUCUUCAGUCACAAUCAAGUGACAAAGAAGAACGUCCUAGUCACUAUGUUGAUCGACCAUCUAUGGGCUAAUGAACCCGGUCUCACGGACGAGCUUUCGAGCACACUAACGGAAUUAACCAGUUUAAAUCGCACGGAGCACAGCCGCGUCGCGUUGAGGGCCAGGCAAGUGUUGAUCGCCGCCCAUCAACCCGCGUAUGAGCUUAGACAUAAUCAGAUGGAAUCAAUAUUUCUUUCCGCAGUGGAUAUGUACGGGCAUGACUUCCAUCCGGAAAAUUUGCAGAAACUCAUUCUCUCAGAAACGUCCAUCUUCGACAUACUUCACGAUUUCUUCUAUCAUUCUAAUCGCGCGGUGUGCAACGCAGCUUUGGAGGUUUACGUACGACGAGCUUACAUCAGUUACGAACUAACAUGUUUGCAGCACUUGGAAUUGUCCGGCGAGAUCCCGUUAGUGUAUUUCCAAUUUGUUUUACCCAGCAACCAUCCUAAUCGUCAGAAUCAGUCUCUGGUGGAUCACAGAGCUGGCGCGAUGGCGGCUUUCCAGGACCUCAAUCAGUUCAGCCAGUACGCGGACGAGAUCUUGGACUUGCUGGAGGAUCAAUCGAGCCCCACGCCGAUAGUGUCCGCGAGACUAUUGGAGGCGAUGGAUGCAGUUGGUAGCGAGUCGCGACAUAGCACGUCGAUCAACGUCUCUUUGAAUGCUGGCGAGACGACAACCACGACAACGACAACGAUCACCGAUAAGUUAGCCGAGCCAGUUCAUAUCUUGAGCAUCGCGGUCAAGGAGAACGCCAACGAGGACGACGCCAUCAUGGCUAGAAUGUUUGGAGAUUGGUGCGCGAACAACAAGGAGGAGCUGAUAUCCCGCGGCAUCCGAAGGGUUACAUUCGCCGCCCUCAAGAAGAGGCAGUUUCCCAAAUUCUUCACCUUCCGUCAGCGAGAAGGCUUCGUCGAGGACCGAAUCUACCGGCAUCUCGAGCCCGCCUGCGCAUUCCAAUUGGAAUUGAAUCGCAUGCGUACGUACGAUCUUGAGGCUCUUCCGACAUCCAAUCAGAAGAUGCAUCUAUACCUCGGGCAGGCCAAGGUUGCCAAAGGCCAGCAGGUUACGGAUUAUCGUUUCUUCAUCCGUUCGAUCAUACGACACUCUGAUUUGAUCACGAAGGAAGCUAGCUUCGAUUAUCUGCAUAACGAGGGCGAGCGCGUCCUGCUCGAGGCCAUGGACGAGCUAGAGGUUGCAUUUUCACAUCCUCUCGCCAAGCGCACCGAAUGCAAUCAUAUUUUCUUGAACUUUGUGCCUACGGUUAUCAUGGAUCCUAGCAGAAUAGAGGAGAGCGUGACAAGUAUGGUGCUGCGAUACGGACCGAGAUUAUGGAAGUUGCAUGUCCGACAGGCAGAGAUAAAGAUGACUAUACGGCCGGCACCAGGAAAACCGACCUCCAACGUACGUCUCUGUAUCGCCAACGACAGCGGGUACAGCAUCGACUUGCAUCUCUAUACGGAGGCCACCGACUCCAAAACUGGAAUCAUUCGUUUCGAGUCUUAUCCACCCACCGCGACGAACGCGACCAAUUGGAGACCGGGUCCUAUGCACGGGUUGCCAAUUUCCACGCCGUAUCUUACCAAAGAUUAUCUCCAGGCGAAGAGAUUCCAGGCACAGAGCGCCGGUACGACCUACGUCUACGAUUUGCCGGACAUGUUCCGGCAGCAGCUUGAGAAGCUGUGGCAGAGAUACGUUGAGGAGCGACCACCUAGCGAGGGUCAGAGUCCAAUCACGAUUCCUAAUCCAGUGAUGGAUGUAGUGGAGUUGGUGCUGGAAGGGGAACAGCUGGUCGAGCAGAAGCGGCUACCGGGCGAAAACGACGUCGGCAUGAUCGCGUGGCACUUCACCCUAUACACCCCGGAAUAUCCAUUUGGCAGGGAUGUCAUACUCAUCGCCAACGAUUUAACGUACUUGAUAGGCUCGUUUGGGACGCGCGAAGAUUUAGUGUUUUGCAGAGCUUCUGAGAGAGCGAGACGGCUCGGAUGUCCGCGCAUAUACUUCGCCGCCAAUUCCGGAGCGCGUAUUGGCCUGGCCGAGGAGGUGAAGGCUCUCUUCAGAAUCUCAUGGGAGGACGAGAACGAACCAGAGAAGGGUUUCAAGUACAUAUAUCUCACGCCAGACGAUUACGCUCGUUUAGUGCCCUUUAACUCGGUGAAGGCUUCGCUCAUCGAGGAUGCGGGAGAGUCACGUUACAAAAUUACGGACAUUAUCGGCAAGGACGACGGUCUAGGAGUGGAGAAUUUAAAGUACGCCGGACUAAUCGCGGGGGAGACGUCGAGAGCCUACAACGACACGAUUACGAUCUCCAUAGUGUCCUGUCGUGCGAUUGGUAUUGGCGCUUAUCUGCUACGUCUUGGUCAAAGGGUAAUUCAAAUCGAAAAUUCGCACAUCAUUCUGACCGGUUACAGAGCGUUAAACGCGGUGCUAGGUCGCGAGGUUUACGCUAGCAACAAUCAGCUGGGCGGUACACAGAUUAUGCACAACAACGGUGUGUCUCACGCAACUGACGCUCGGGACUUGGAUGGAGUGGCGACCGCUUUGAAAUGGCUGAGUUACUUCCCUAAAAAUAAGGGUGCUCCGUUACCGAUCCUGUCACUCAUCACAGAUCCGAUUGACCGGGAGAUCGCUUAUAUGCCUACGAAAACGGCGUAUGACCCGAGAUGGAUGCUAGACGGCAGAAAUUGUACCGAGUCGAACGUUUGGGAGAGUGGCUUUUUCGACCGAGGCUCGUGGCAUGAAAUAAUGAGACCAUGGGCGCAAACGGUGGUGACGGGACGAGCUAGGCUCGGUGGCAUACCAUGUGGCAUUAUUGCUGUCGAAACGAGAACUGUCGAGCUGCAUUUGCCGGCCGAUCCUGCCAAUUUAGAUUCGGAGGCCAAGACGAUAUCUCAAGCGGGACAAGUUUGGUUUCCGGACAGCGCGUACAAGACUGCCCAGGCUAUUCAAGAUUUCGGAAAGGAAGAGCUGCCGCUAUUUAUCUUCGCCAAUUGGCGAGGCUUCUCCGGCGGCAUGAAAGAUAUGUAUGAGCAAAUCGUCAAAUUCGGUGCGUACAUCGUGGACGGACUGCGGCAAUAUUGUAAGCCGAUAUUCGUUUAUAUUCCACCAAACGGAGAACUCAGGGGCGGCGCCUGGGCGGUUGUUGAUCCUACAAUAAAUCCUCGUUUUAUGGAGAUGUUUGCCGACAAUACCAGUAGGGCUGGCAUCUUGGAACCUGACGCUAUUGUAGAAAUCAAAUUCCGUAACAAGGACAUUGUGAAGACGAUGCACAGAGUCGACCUCGUUAUACUGAAGUUAAAAGAAAAAUUGACGACCGUAAACACGGCGGAAGAACGAGCAGAGAUCGAAGCGCAGAUUCGUAAACGCGAGCAGACUUUAGAGCCGAUGUAUCGUCAGGUCGCUGUUCACUUCGCCGAACUGCACGACACGCCAGAGAGAAUGUUAGAGAAGAAUACAAUUAACGAGAUAAUAUCGUGGAAAAAGGCGCGCCAGCUGUUUUACUGGCGAUUACGACGACGACUCUCCGAAGAGGAAAUUAAGAACGAGAUCCUGUCGACGCAGCCCAGUCUCGACGUCAGACAAGUGGAAGCAAUGCUGCGACGUUGGUUUAUUGAGGACAAGGGAGCAACGGAGUCGUAUCUAUGGGAUCAAGACGAAGCUGCGGCUUGCUGGCUGGAGGCGCAAUGUAAAACCGACGACAGUGUUGUAUCGCGUAAUGUAAUGUGCGUGAAGAGAGAUGCGGUGGUAACGCGUAUCAAGGAAGCUCUAGAGACCUGCCCGGAAGUAAGGUUGGACGCGGUGCUGGAGAUUGCGCACAGAUUACAGCCGGCAGAGCGAGCGGAGUUGCAAAGAACUUUAGCGCAAUUAGAAACAACGGGGCAGGAACACCAUAAAGACUCGAGCGCGUCGUCUUGAGUGCAUUUCACGUAAGCGUACCUGUUUCCAUGCUACGUAUUCAUUCCAACUUAUUAAUAUUUAACUGCACAUCAAUAGUACAACUCAUCAUCAAAGAUGUACAAUUAUUCAUACCAAUCCAAAUAAUUGUCCUGAUAUUAAGAGUUAAUAAUUGAGUAGACGACAAAUAGAAUGUUUCGUAAAAUGGAAAUAUUUCAAAUUUUAAAUGAAAUCUGAAUACAAUUGUGAUCUCGUUUUGAUAUUGAGCGAUGAUGAUUUAUGUUUUAGUUAAUUUCAUUUAAAAAUUGAUAAUUUUUAAGGAAACUGGAAAGAUUUCAACGGUUGAAAAUUGAGUAAAUUUUAAUAAUUAGUGAACGAAUGAAUAAUCAUACAUAAAUUUUUAUAACAUGUUUUCAAAAUCAGCCAAAAAGUCCAAAAAAUAUGAAUAUUUGAGAUAGAUGUAAGUAGUGCAGACUGCUGUAGUUUUGCUACAAUUUUGGAUAAACGAGUUGGAAUUUUUUAAUUCUUUUGAUACCACUUUGUGAGAUCUCUCUCUAUAGGUUGAACAUAAAAUUAAAUAAAAAAUAAGAUUAGAACAAUGUCGAUCCAAAAUUUAAAAAUUUCGAAAAAUUUACGUUAUUUGUUAAAACAGACUCAAGUAAAUUUUUAUGCACAAAAGUAGGUUCAAUUUACGGAAAAAUUUGUUACCUUUAUUAAACAAAAAAAGUUGAUAUCUGCAAGCCGUUCUUGAAGUAGCGUAGCAAAACCAGCGAAAAAUGCUGUUUCGAAAAAAAAGCAGCACUUAAAGCACGAUAGAAAUUUAAACGCCGCAUGACGCUACCUGCUCAUAGGAACUUUGUUGGUCAUACACAUCCUCAUAUUUUUGCUCUCCUAAGUUCAAUUUUGCAAAUUUCUAAAAAAAAAGAAAACAAGAAAGGUAUUCUUAAAGAAUCAUACUGUCAAAAAAUGUAAAAAAUUGAAUUCUUAGAAAUUUUAAACUUCUCCGGUUUCCUUAAAAAAUUUGAAAAUAUACACUAAAAAGUGUCUGAUUGUUAAACGAUUGUCUCGUAAUUUAUUUGGUACAAAGCGCUUCAUAUAUUCGAAGAUAUGUUUUUAGGAAAAAAUAGAAAGGCGUGUCACUGUCGUUCUGUGACUGUGACGAAUUUAUAGAUUAUACAUAGUUGUAUGUGGGGGAAUACAAAGAGAUUUAUACCAAAAAAUAUCGCACAUUCCUUCAGCUACAAAACGAUUCUUUCGUAAAAGGAUUUAUCGGAUGAGAUUACUAUUUCUUCAUCGUGUUGAAUUUUCAAGAAUUAAACAUCUUUAUAUUCAAUUGUAAGUCUGUGAAAUUGGGUAUUACGGUAAAUUAAUAUUCAUAUGUGUUAAUCUAAAUAAUCAAGAGCUAAUUAUUUAAUUACUUAUAACCAAGGUUGGGUUAGUUAAUGUUUUUUUUUUAAUUAAUUUAAAUUAAAGUUAAUUUA